AUGGCCGAGGCGCCGGGCCCCGGGCGCCUCUCGCUGUACAAAGCGGUGGGCUCGGCGCCGUGGAAAGAGGUUUUCCGGCAGGGAUGCCUGGAGAGAAUGAGAAACAGCCGGGACAGGCUCCUGAACAGAUACCGCCAGGCUGGAGGCAAUAUGCCAAGGAGAUCUCAGAACACCCUUCUGGUGCAGGAGGUGAUGGAAGAAGAGUGGAGUGCUUUGCAGUCUGUGGACAGCUGUCCAGAGGUCUUGACCCAGUUGGAGGAGCUGUUGGACGUGGCUGAGCUCGAGGAAAUCCAGCAGGAGAUGGCUGACCAAGAGCGGUGCAUCCUCAGGGAGUAUGAGAAGAGCCUGCAGUUCGAUGAGAAGUGUCUCAGCGUCAUGCUGGCCGAGUGGGAGGCAAACCCCCUCAUCUGUCCUGUGUGCACAAAGUCCAACGUGAGUGUGUCCGGCGGUGUGGUCGCGUGUCCGUGUGGCCUGUACCUCCCCUCGCACUCUCCAGAGUUGACGGUGCAAAAGCUUCGAGCCUGUUUGGAGGACAGCGUGAGUGAGCACAGCGCACACUGCCCGCACACGCCUGCGUUCUCGGUCGCGGCCGGGCCCGAAGAAACGCCCAGUCUUCUCAUGAGCUGCGUGGCUUGUGAUACGUGGGCUGUGAUCCUCUAG